AUGCAUACCAUGCAUGGUUGCUUUUUCGAGGAGGACGUUUCGCUAUUUGAUGCACCCUUUUUCGCCGUUACGGGCAAGGAUAAGAUGAUUAGCGUUCCAGACUGGCUGCUACGUAGGCUGCAUGAUCAACGACUACGAGAUGUUGUCAACUCGAGAUUCGCUGGAAAGCCGACGAGACGCAGCCUCGGCUACCAGCUUGAGGGAAGAGACGUAUUGAUGCGGCGCUACGGCGUUCCCGCCAGCCGUUCCACGCCGGGCUUGGGUGUCGUCUUCAAUUCGCAGCCGGAGCACGGCGCCUCCUCCCUCCAGUGCCUGGCAGACUUUGGCGUCUAUGUUGACAUCUCGAACUGCGAUGAUGCGCUGCCGCCGACCUUGCCCAGGUCAAUCUCCCACGCAUCCAUCCAACGUGUUGACGUGCACAAACUCAUGGCUGCGAAACCGGUCCUGGCGCAAAAGCUCUUUGCCAACGUGACACCCUUCUCCCCGCCAAGUCCGUUAAACAUCCGCCCAGCCGCAGAGGCCAAAGCAGGCGCUGGCCCGGCUCUCCACCAGUCCAGGGUGGGGCCGAAGCGGCUGUGCAGUUUGACAGGGCAAGGUCGCAAGGUCCCGCAAAAGCCUUGCUAG